AUGGAGCAGAGAGAAGAAGUGGGGCCCUCCGGGGACCCCUCCGAUUCGUUUUCUGUGGAGAGCCGUGAAGACACCCCUCGUUCAACAGAGGCCGGGGAGAGACGCGGCAGCAAUAGCAGCAGCAAAUCCAGCGAGCGCAUGCAGAAGGCAAAGCAGCAUCUGAAGCUGGGCCGCGAUAAAAUAAUCCAUUCUCUGAGUGCCUCUAAAAAGCCUAAGGCACAGCCGCGGCGUGUCGAGGGAGACGAAGAUGAAGCCACAGAAGGAACUGGCCCCAACACUGCUUUCUUCUCUCCUCCUUCCUUUCAACUGACGCAGAUCAUUCACGACAGCCACUGCUUCCUCCCAAGACAAGGACACUCCUGCGUAGCUGGCGGGGGAGAUGUACUCAUUUUCGGGGGACAGGAUGCAGAUGGACAGUUCCUCAACGACUUCAUCAGAUACAUCCCCGGACUCAACGCCUUCGAACCAAUGAAGGUAUUUGUUUUACCAAGUCUGUAUAGUCGACAGACGGCAAACUCAGCAAAAAAGGAACUGUAA